CGCGCGUUGGUGAUUCUACCCUUGACUCCGUUGCCCGGUCUCCUUCUCGUGGCUCUGAUCGACGCGAUGCCACUCGAAGACAUCGACAAGGGUUUCGCCCACAGCGGAACUUCGUGGGUGCGCGCCACAGUGACGUGCUUCAUCUACACGCACUGCGCCAUCGAGCAGAUCCGACUGUACAGUCCGAACCUCAACUUGCAGCCAACAGGAGUACUCCGUACCUCGGUUCCAGCAGCGCUCCUCACCAACAUCCUCGCGCUCGGCUUGUCAUGGUUCAUAUGCUGGCCGCUGCCGUUCACCACACUCUUAAUGUCAGGUCCGUGGCUGGGCUUCACGACGUUCUUCCUGCUGCGAGUCUGCGGAGCCCAAAUGCGUGCAAACCCAGAGGCUGUCAAGGAUGUGGUGCGG